CUUCUAUUUCUCGCUUCUUUGUAAUAUCAUCGUCAUUCGGUAGUAAUGAUGGCGGAGAAUACUCCUACUACACGACCCAGACUGGCAGUUAAUGCCUUCCGUCCCGAUCCAACCAAAUGGAUUCAGACGUCCACAACGAAGAAGUCCAUCCAACGUCCACUGGUGGCAUUCAAAAAUACCUUUGCCACACCUCCCAGCACUCUCAGAAGACAAGAUAUAACAAAACUCAACGCCAAAUCGAGUUCAACGAAUAUCGCAGCUGGGAUAGGGUCAAGCAGUGGCAAACGUGCUUUGACCGAGAGGGAAGAUCGGGGGAAGAGAUUCCGAGUCCUCGAAGACAGACAAGGCACUUUAAGCGGAUUUUUGACCCCUCCAAAAACCGAUAGCUCAAAGAAGAGCAAGACACGCAAGGUGGAUACGAGGGCUGGGGUACGGCCUCGAAGGCCAGAACAUGGUGCGAGAGAGGGAGGACAAAAGCCGCCCCAGGAGGAAAGACACAUUCGAGAUCACAACAAAGAUCGAAGUGAAGUUAAAAAGGUGGACAGGGGAAAUGACGUGUACAUGCUUCCACCUGCAUCUCAAAUCCGGGAUCCUCCUGUCAAAGUGACACCGAGAAUCAAGGCCACAGAGCCGAGACAUCAUUCCUCUCCUCACCAAGCUCCAUCAUCAGACAUACCCAUCACCCCUGUACCUUCCGACGUUUUGGAGCUACAUAAGAAACUCUGCGGACAGGACACAGGGUAUCUCAAUCGUAUG